AUGUUGAUGCCCUCUUCCGUUUCUUCAUCACCUGCUGUGAAAAUUAAAGGGGGAGGCGUUGCCGCGACAACUCCAUCUUCAACAAUAAAUCCUCCUCCAAUUGGGGGUGGAAGACAUUAUUUUUCGACACUUUUACGUCAAAUGGACCAAGAAAAAGUUUUAUCAAAAAUUGAGGAAGGGACAGCAAAUGGAAAAACUACGAAUAAUAUUGUUGGUGAUGAUGGUGGAGAAAAUGUUAAAACACAAACUAAAGGAAUUACACACAAAAUUAGGGUUAUUCUUCCUCAUGUUCUCCUUUUUCUCUCAACAAUACUUUAUGGACUUUUUGGAGCAUUGGUUUUCCAACGUUUGGAACGUCCAUUUGAAGUUUUACAUUUACAAGAACACACAGAAGCUAUCAUAAAAGCACAAAAUGAACUUUUUGUUUUUCCAAAUUCUUCUCAAAAAAUUUUAAAUAUAAGCAAGAAUAUUGAAAUUGAAGAGGAAAUAUUAAUUGAAAAAGCUAUUGAUAAUUUAAUUAAAUUAUAUAUGGAAGCAUUCGAACAGGGAAUUCGUGCAGACGAAUUAGCUAUAGCUAUUGAAGAUUUUAAUUCAAAAAAUAAUUUAAAAAAUCAAGAAGAAAAAGAAGAAGAAGAUAAUAAUUUAUUAUUACAUCGUCGGUUGCCUAAAUGGCAUUUUCAUUCUUCUUUGUUUUUUACUGCUACACUUUUAACUUCUAUAGGUUAUGGAAAUUUAGUCCCAAUAUCUCCAUUUGGCCGUCUUUUCUGUAUUUGUUAUGCAUUUCUAGGCAUUCCUUUAACUUUAAUUACAAUAGCCGAUGUAGCUAAAUAUUUAAGUGAUUUAAUUUUAAAUAUUGGAAAUUGGCUAGAGAAGAAAUUUGAAGGAAAAAAGAAGAAAAAUGAAAGGAAGGAAGAAGAAAAUGAAAUUAAAAAUAAAAAUAAUUCUAGUCCUAUAAUUAAAAUAAAUGAAAAAAAUGAGGGGGAAAAAGAAAGGAAAAAUGAAGAGGAGGAGGAGGAAGAAGAGGAAACGGGUGGUAUUUUAAGACAACCUGGACCUUAUACUAAAGGUUUUGUUCUCUUCUUGCUUUUUGGUUAUAUGAUGACAAUGGCUUUUCUUUUUUGGCAUGUCCAGCCUGACUGGGGUUUAUUAGAAUCAAUUUAUUUUACUUUAAUUACUUUAACUGUAGAUAUGGUUGGCUAUAGUUAUAUUGAAAGAAUUCACACAUUGGGACGUGGUUUUCACCUCGGAUCGCUUCUUACAAUGUUAAAAUUAGGGAGAGGAGAUGCUGGCCCAGAUUCAGCCCGUUUACUUAGACAAUUACAUGCUGGGGCUUUUAUCCCUGCUGAUCUUAAAUUAAUUCCUUAUAUAGACCAAUUAUUAAGUCAACGUCCUUCUAUAGAAACUGUUUUGUUUGAUAAUGGAAGUGGACAAAAGUCUGGGUUUUCUUUUCUUCCUGAUCCAACAAAAGGAAAAGAUGAUUUUGGUAAUCGAAAUGCAAGAAAUAGAAAAAGAAAUACAGGAAUAUUUGUUUAAAUUAAAUUUACUUUUUUAUCAUUUGUUAUUUUGCGACUAAAAAAUAAAAGUCGUUUUGAACUUGCGACAGAGAAUAAAAUCGAAAAAAUGAAAGGCAAAAUCAACAUUUCUCUC